CGUCACCUCAGCCAUUUCCGGGUAUUUUUCCUCAGCUGGACGGUGACAGCGAGCUAACGCAGCUUUCUCGAAGUGUUGAAGCCUUAACUUUAUUUUUGCCGAAAUGAACAGAAUAUUUGGAAGAGGAAAACCCAAAGGUCCACCGCCGAACCUUACCGACUGCAUAGGAACCGUUGAUUCUCGGACAGACUCUGUUGAGAAGAAGAUUGCCAAACUAGAUGCUGAACUUAUGAAGUACAAGGACCAGAUGAAAAAGAUGAGAGAUGGGCCCUCAAAGAACAUGGUCAAGCAAAAGGCUAUGAGAGUUCUGAAGCAGAAGAGAAUGUAUGAGAGCCAGAAAGAUAACCUCAUGCAGCAGUCGUUCAACAUGGAACAAGCGAACUACACAAUCCAGACCCUUAAAGACACUAAAACCACUGUUGAUGCCAUGAAAGGCGGCCUUAAAGACAUGAAGAAAGCCUACAAGCAUGUGAAGAUUGAUCAGAUUGAGGAUCUUCAAGACGACCUUGCAGACAUGAUGGAGGACGCCAAUGACAUCCAGGAGGCACUGGGAAGAAGCUAUGGCACGCCUGAAGUUGAUGACGCUGACUUGGAAGCAGAGCUGGAUGCUUUGGGAGAUGAGCUGCUCAUGGAUGACGACAGCUCCUACCUGGAUGAAGCUUCAUCUGCUCCUGCCAUCCCAGAGGGCAUGCCUGGCGACAAGUCCGUCAACAGGGAUGGCGUCCUUGUGGACGAGUUUGGCCUUCCUCAGAUUCCUGCUACAUAAAGGAGCAAUCGUAACACUCGAGCUAGUUUACAUGUAUCAUAGCCUUUUUUGUAUUUAUCCGACUGACACUCCCAGCCUUAGAGUGCAGCAGUUAAAACCAAAGCAUCUUCUGUCCAAUGAAUGAUAAUGACAAAUCAGGCAUCUUUAAUUCAAAGUUGUGAUUAUUAUUCUAUCAUUAUAUGUAUCUGAGGUGACUGUUGGAAUUGGGACUCUUUUAACUUUGUACAGUUUCUGCAGCGUUUGCUGCCAUGAACAAAAUAAAUUAUAUUUUUCAAACAACACAUAAAA